CCCCCGCAUUUUUUGCUUGGGUUUUUUAGACAAGAAAAUAAUUGGAAAAAAAAAUAUCUCCUCCUCCUCCUCUCCGACUAAAAGCGUCGCCGCCGCCGCGUCGUCUCCUUCCUCGCGCCUUCCUCUCUCUCUCUCUCCUCGCUUCCCCGCGCCGCCGCCGCCGCCGCCUGAGCUCGGCGGCAGCAGGGGGACGAUAGGUGGUGUGGUGCUUUGCUCCGGCGCAGCGUGCUGCUGAUCGCGCGCGCGAUGCCCGCGUGGUGGCCACGGAAGUCGAGGUCGAAGGCGAAGGGCGUGGGGAAGCCCCCCGGGGCAGGGGCGGCCUCCGCGGCGUCGUCCCCGCGCAAGUCGCUCGACCUCGUUGACCUCUCCGCCUCCCCCUCGGUGACCCCCCGGGCGAGGGAGAAGGCGCGCAGCCUCGACUCGCCGUCGGCCGCCGCGCCGCGGCAUGGGGGCGGGCGGUGUGGUGGGGGGUUCGGGGAGGUCGGGUACAAGCUCCCCGUGCCCGUGGGUGACGCGGGGCCGGGGGGGCAGGGGCAGGGGCAGGAGCCGGAGUUGGAGCCGGCUCCUGUAAGGUUCGAGGAGAACGGGGAUGUGGUGGGCGGCGUCGCCGGCGACGCCUCGUCGGAGGAGUUGAGCGUGUGCUCGCAUGAUUCGUCGGACGAGGCGACGGAUCAGCAAGUAUGUAGGUCUACGGAUCCGGCGUCUUUUGUCAGGGGAAGAAAUAUGCCAUCUGACUCACAUAAGAUCCUAAAUGAAGACAAUCAUUUCAUGUCCUAUAGCAUGCCACGGGAGCAUCGGAAGUUCUUCGAGGUUCCUGUCACUAAUAUGGGAGAACUUCAUUUGCAUUGUGAUGAUCUGUCAACUAGCGAAACUAGUUCACGUGGCAGAAUGUUGCCCGAGGAUUUUCUUGCUCCAAGAACAAGAAGCCUCUCCCCUGGACCGAAAGGCCAUACUUUUGCUGUAAAUAAUGUAAAUUCAAGGGAAUUUGGUUUUAGUCCAAGGUCACCAGUAAAAAUGAUGGAUGGAUUGAAGAGCCCACCUCAUCCUUUACCUCUUCCUCCAGGUCCUGCUACUUGUUCACCUCUUCCCCCAUCUCCCACUGCUUACUCGCCUCACCCUCUAGGUCCCACUACUUGCUUGCAAUCCGAAUCACAAUGGAAAAAAGGCAAAUUGUUAGGGAGCGGUACAUUUGGCCAGGUUUACCUUGGAUUUAACAGUGAAAAUGGGCAGUUCUGUGCGAUUAAGGAGGUCCAAGUUAUUUCGGAUGAUCCACAUUCAAAAGAACGACUCAAGCAAUUGAAUCAGGAAAUAGAUAUGCUUAGGCAACUUUCGCACCCAAACAUUGUGCAGUACUAUGGAAGUGAGAUGACUGAUGAUGCACUUUCAAUUUAUCUGGAGUUUGUUUCUGGGGGCUCAAUUCAUAAAUUACUUAGAGAGUAUGGUCCUUUUAAGGAACCUGUGAUCCGUAAUUACACUGGACAAAUUCUCUCUGGUCUUGCCUACUUGCAUGGGAGGAACACUGUCCACAGAGAUAUUAAAGGUGCUAACAUACUUGUCGGCCCUAAUGGUGAAGUCAAACUUGCUGACUUUGGCAUGGCUAAGCAUAUAUCAUCUUUUGCUGAAAUACGCUCUUUCAAAGGAAGUCCUUACUGGAUGGCUCCUGAGGUUAUAAUGAACGGUAGAGGUUACCAUCUACCAGUUGACAUUUGGAGUUUGGGAUGUACUAUUAUUGAAAUGGCAACGGCAAAACCUCCUUGGCAUAAAUACGAGGGGGUAGCUGCUAUAUUUAAGAUCGCAAACAGUAAAGAGAUACCUGAAAUCCCAGACAGCUUUUCUGAGGAAGGAAAAAGCUUCUUGCAGAUGUGCUUAAAACGUGAUCCUGCAUCUCGCUUCACUGCAACUCAGUUGAUGGAUCACCCUUUUGUUCAGGACCAUCCAGCAGUAAGAGCUGCGAAAUCUGGUGCACUGAGAAAUGCGUUUGCACCAGCAGAUGGGACGCAUACAACGUCCAACAGGGAGUUCUCAAGGAAAAGUAUCACUCCCCUAAAGGAUAUAGGAGUGAGUGCAAGAGAUUUUACCGGAUUUUCCACAGCCGUUCCUUCACCACACACCGCCAGCAGUCCUAUUUCCGUUGUGAGAACAAACAUGUCUCUACCGGUGUCCCCAUGCUCAAGCCCAUUGCGGCAGUUUAAGCAAUCCAACUGGAGCUGCCUGCCAUCCCCACCACACCCAACAUUUUCCAAUGGUGCUACUUCCUAUAAUCUAUCAAGCUACAUGAUGAACGAGACAAGACGAAUUCCCACGAUUUCGGAUACCUGGCAGGAUAUCAGCCAGUUGAAGGUCCAAAGCCCCUACGGCUCCCCAAAGAGGUUCUGAGCGUCAGUCAUCCAUGAGUGCUGAUGAAUGUUCAGCAGGAGAAUUGUUCCCAUGACAUCGUAGAUAUAUAAUGUUAGAGAUGUCAGCAACAUGUCGUAACUCUGUUACUACACCGAUCUGAUUUUACUGUACAGUAUAGAAAGGCUCCACGAGGAAAGAGGCUGUUGACAAGAGAGGAAUUUCUGUAUAUCUGUAGGCGGUUGUCGCCUCCACUUUGUAUUAUGCUGUACUAUAUCAGUACAUAAAAAUACGGCCUGUAAAUUCGCUAGCUUGGAGAAGCUGACGUUUGGAUGAUGUAGUUAGUUUAGCGCUUCCCUAGCAGAUGUAAGGAUUUCUCCCUACUGGGCACUGGCUACUGCAAUGAAUAUAGCUAAAGUUUACAUUUAUAUUA